GCCGGGGCCGGGGCCGGGAUGGGGCAGCGCGAUCGCAUGUUCAAGGUGCUGGUGGUGGGGGACGCCACGGUGGGGAAAACCUCCCUGGUGCAGCGCUACGCCAACGACAGCUUCAACCGGCACUACAAGUCCACGGUGGGAGUGGAUUUUGCUCUGAAGGUGGUCCAGUGGUCAGAAUCGGAGACGGUACGACUGCAGCUCUGGGACAUCGCAGGGCAGGAACGCUUCACAUCCAUGACCCGGCUCUACUACCGGGAGGCGUCAGCCUGCAUCAUCAUGUUUGAUGUCACCAACGUCAGCACCUUCACCAACAGCCAGAAGUGGAAACAGGAUCUGGACAGCAAACUCCUGCUGCCCGACGGGAGCUCCGUCCCGUGCCUGCUGCUGGCAAACAAGUGCGACCUUUCCCCGUGGGCAGUGACAAGAGACGAAGUGGAUCGGUUCAGCAAAGAAAAUGGCUUUUCUGGCUGGGUGGAGACGUCUGUCAAGGACAACAAGAAUAUUAACGAGGCCAUGAGAGUCCUGAUUGAAAAGAUGAUGUCCUCCUCCACCGGUGAUGGAAGUUCCUCUGCUCCCGGGAGUGGGGAUUACAUUAACAUCAAAGAGACAUCCCCACCAGGCUGGGCUUGCUGUUAGAUGCACUGACCACCCCUGCUGCAGUGAUGGCGUUUUAUUAUUACUAUUAUUAUUACCAUUUUUUUUCCUAAACUGGCCAUUGCUGGGGUUUUGGGUUGGUUUUUUUGGGUUUUUUUUACAUGAUGAUGAACUGUCUUGUGUUUAGCCCGUAUUCGUUCUCAGCAGAGCGUUGCUGCGACGACUUGGAGUGAGGAGCAGAAAGAGGAGAGGAGGGAGAAGAUUCCUCUUUCUCCCAGCGUAGCAGCAACCAGGAGCUCCGGUCUGUGGUCAAGCACAGGGCUUGGAUUCCUUUUUUUGUUUUUUUUUUGUUAAAUUUUGAGCACUUCAUCCUCUGGCACGUGAUAGCCCGUCUCAGGCAGGGCGAAGGAUGUCGACGGUGUAUUUUUGAUGUUGUUGCACAUUUUCUUCCCCACCACCUGCACCCACCACGCACAGAGGCACCGGCACAAAGCGGUUCCCUUGGGGGCAGGCAGCGUCCUGGUGGUUGGUGUCUGUGGAUUCCCCACGUGGGAUUACAGCAAACCCGUGAUUUGUGUCCUCCUAGAUGAAGGAGGUGUUUUUAACGAGGUGUUUUUCACAUCCUUCGUGCUCUGGAGCUCCAGACCUCUGCUGACACGUCCUGCAGAGACCAGCACACCUCACCACUGCUCUCCCUCUCCUGACUGUAUGAACCCAGCGGUGGAUUAGUGAGAUGUCCCACCUACCCAGACCUCUAAAAUCACUGCUGUGGAUUUGAGACGUGGUGGGGCACAGCCCUUGCUUUCCUGUACGCUGGCUGGGGGGGCUUGACAGCAGAGACCUCAAGUUUUUGUCAAGAAUUGCCCAUUUGCUUCUGUUUAUUCCUUGCUCCCCCUCUCUGUAGCACAACCCUAUGUGUUCUGUCCCGCUGCCGCGUUGUGAGGGAGCCGGAUGAGGAACAGGUUGUAAACUCCUUUGUAGGAUGGAACAACGGGUCCUUUUCACUUUUAGAGCACCCCGUGUCCUCCCAUCUCCAAUAGCUUUGCAAUUGCCCAUGAAUUGCCUUCCCACAAUGAUCCCGAGGUGGUGGGUGAGUUUGGGGACGGUUCAGGAAAGUUGGGCUGGGAGAGCAACCCCCCCCCCGGGUUUGGGUGGUGCCAGGGGGGAUGGGGAGGAGAAGGAUUUGAGGACAAAAGCGAAUGAAAAGAACCACUCCCCGCUUGCCUUUCGAUGCCUGCUUUCCCCAGGUGCUGCUUGUUGAGAACAGUCCCUGCCAACAACAACAACGAAGGGGUGAAAGCACACGAGGUAAUUAUCUCAGAAGAGUUAAUAGGAAGCUGAGUCUCAGGCUGGAGUUACAGGGUUUAGGAUUUGAACAAGCUUUCAACAAUAUUUUUCCCUCCUCUAGUAGUUUAGUCUGAAAACAGGGCUAUAAAUUGGUUUGUCCUGAUUCUUGCUGAAUUGGGGCUGCUUUUCUCUGGCAAAGUCUUCCUUUGGGCUGCCUUUUCUCACAUUAUACAAUCUGUGGAUGGAGAAGGGGGUAAGAAGGGGAACUGGUCGCCCUCACUGAGCACAACAAAUUCUGAGCUGUCGUUCCCUGCAGUUGGGAAGGAUUGAUAAGUCAACAGGAAGGGCUACGAGAUUUAGAACCGAGUUUUGUGUUCCACUUUUUAAAUUAAAAAGCUAAAAUGUGUGGGCUAGGAUUCUGUUGUGCAAAUACAUUGCCAAAAUUGGUUUUAUAGGUGCUUAAAUAUCACCUUUGGAGUCACUGUAGAAACACGUGAAACGUGCAGAACUAGUUAGUGAGAAAAUUGAACUUUGUUGAAUUUUACUUCCUAAUCAUUGUGUUAAAGAAAAUUUUUUUAAAUCCUAUAAAUAUUUCCAGUUCUUUAUGGGAGAAGGGUCCAAGUUUUUAAGGAUCUUUCACGAAACCAUUAAGAUUCAUCUGUUAUUUAUUGAUUUCUGGGUGUGCCCCUCAAAGCCUUCCAGCAAAGAGGUCAAGUGUUGGAACUCCUUAUGGGUGGAGAAGCCGAGGCAGGGGCUGCAAAUCUCUGCCCAGGACCAAAAAACUACCCCGCUCUGUAAGAGCUCAGCACUGAAAGGAAAAUGCCUUAAUUCCUCUUUCCAUGGCCUCUUUCCUGGGCCAUGCAUCUCGCAGGGAAAGCAUCUUUCUACCUUUUGCAUGUCCCAGUGCCUCUCUGGUGUCUGGACCUCUUCUUCUGGACCUCUGGUUUUAUUUUUCAUAAGUGCCUCUUGGAAUAAAACAAAAAUCCAAAGGAA